AUGGCUGCAUUGGUCCAAACGUAUCAGCAGCAGACUGGUACGGUGACAAUGCUUCAACGACCAACACCCUCAGGCAUGAUGCCUGCAAGCCAAUCUAACGGGCACCAUCAAUACACAACCUCAGCACCGAGAGGAGGAGGGGGCUAUCGAGGGAGCACUGUUCCUGUUCAGUCAUAUGCUUAUGCACCCACGCCAAAUCUGAAUCAGAGCUUGCAAUGGCAGCAGUAUGGAACCUACCGGACGAACUCGGCACCCUCCGGCAUUCCCACGCAGACUUUCGACCCUAGUCUGGUUCAACGUUCUCAUCGCCCUAACCCCAGUCACGGUAGCAGCAGCACACGUGAUGAUUCUAUGAAGUCUCCGUCCAGAAGUGCUACUUCUUCAUCACGCCCGCAGCUUUCCCACGUUUCUACCGGCUCACAGUCGGCGCUGCCUUCCAGCGGAGCGUCCAAGAAUGCACCUGAUCGAUACCGGAGACCCAGCCACUCAAACAGCCGAUCUCAAAGCUCGAACCCUCCGCUCAGUCCCGGCAAUCUAAACCAGAUGUACCAUGCACCCAGCGGCUCCCGGUCCGUCCCAAACCUUGCAGCUUCUCCUUCGCUGGGCCCUGGAGGGUCCAUGGACGACUCGAAUCUGCACCGCAGACCGUCUCCGGAUGAGGCAAAGAAGAUGCGCCGCCGAAGUGUGCAUACCAUACAAUCCACAGAUUCAUUCAGGCCCCUUCUGAAGCCUGAAAAUGCCCCUCGUCCAGAGCAAGCUGUUAAUUUCAGGAGCGCCGACAGGAGUGAAAAGUCUCCCCAAGUUGCUCAGAAGAUUCCCAUGCACGCUCGUAAAGGAAGCAAUGACAGCGCAUCGUCCAGUCGAAGCAGUAAUUCGCGAUCUGCCUCGUCUUCCAACCGCAAUCCGACUACCCCCACCGGUAACCCCUCUUCACCGGGCGCUGACGAAACACCGGUCAAGAGCGAUCAGCUCAAGGUAGCAAAUAUACCGGCGAGAGUUUCAUCUGCCGAUGGAGUUAAGCGGACGAUUAGUCCCUCUCCGUUAUCCAAACCUGCCACGAUGGCAAAUGAACAAGCUACUGAUGCCGCCGCCGCGGCGCCCUCGGACAAGAGCGUGGUGUCGCCCGCAGCAAAGCAGCUUGCGGCCAUCAAUGAGAAGGAUGUCAAGGGAAAGACCAAGACUUCCAGGCUUCGUCGAGCCUUUUCGUUCGGAAGCGCUGCUGAGUUUCGAAAGGCUGCUGGCCCCGAAGGCGAAGGCAUGGAAAGAGUGGAUGCAUCUAAGCUCCGCAAAGACCCAACAGCUGAAGAGGCCUAUGACGCUGAGCAAGCGCGAAUUGCCGAAGCACAAGAAGCUGCUGGUAUUGGUAAUAGCAUCUAUGGUGGUCGCUUCUUUGGUGGAUCGACGGACAACCUCUCCAUCUCAUCUACCGCUUCAUCUGCUUCUAUUAUGAUCAGGAAGAUGGGCCGUGGCAUGAAAAAGAGUACCCGUUCACUAGUUGGCCUCUUCCGGCCAAAGUCUGUCGUGGGCGUGCCGGCGGCCGAUGGUCCUGUCACCGAGGGACAGGCUGCUGUGUCCAUGAUCACUGUGGAAGCAGAGACUCGACGUGUCAAUGUAACCGCGGACCCCCAGAGCGGCAAGGGUGGUACGGGAUUCCCCCGCCUUGAGCGCAACUCCCUUGACGCUGCCCAGAUCCCUGAGAUUGGCGCGGAGCGUCUAGGCAGCGCAGGAACGGAUAACUCUGGGCCGCGUAAGAGCAUUGUGGGUGGUGAGAAAGAGCGUGCAGAGGUACUUGCGGCUGUUCGCAAAGGCAUCUUGAAGCAUCCAGGCUCUUCAAGUCCUUCCAUUCGGCCAUCGGAAUCGCCUGAUCUUGUUUUGCCAAGCAUUCCAGCUGUCGCCGACUCACCCAAUUCAAGUGCGCCGAGUACGCCAAAUGAUGACGGCAAAAGAGCUGGAUCCAUUGCUAUUGGCACUGAGGACUACUUCAUGAGCGCUCUAGGCAGGCUUGGAAAGAGCCGGCCCGGAACCCCCCAGGCCGGCCCCAAGAGAAAUGCUACAUUUUCACCACGCAUCAUCUUUUACGACACGUGGCCUAGCCAGGAGUAUGACCGCCGCGGUGAAAUUGCCACGUGCAACCGUCUCACACCGAUGCUGGCUCAGCAAAUCAAAGAAGAGCUGAACAGCUUCAAAAUGGAAAUGGAAGUCCAUGAAAAUUCCAAGAUUUAUACGCAUUUCUUCUGA